CCUCCCCGCGGCGGCGGCGGCUGCGGCGGCGAAUCUAGGGGCUGCGCGGAGCGGCUCGCCCAGCCGGCAGUGCCUGCAAGCUCCGGGUUGCUUGGGGAAUUCACUUGGCUGCUUUGCCGCUACUCCCUCCUCAGGCUUCUGAUGGCUUUCUGUCUCCGGCCCUGUCCCUCUCUUUAAAAGGAAAACUUUACCGAGAUUUCGUUUUCCCCUUUGGAGGAAGAGGAUUAAAAGUUCUCAGAACUGGUGCCGCUCGGGCGCCGGGACGCUGUUUGCCGGCGGGGUUCCGGUGCCACCAUGUGCACCAACAUAGUUUACGAGUGGCUGAAAGCGCUGCAGCUCCCGCAGUACGCCGAGUCCUUCGUGGAUAACGGCUACGAUGACCUGGAGGUGUGCAAGCAGAUCGGGGACCCGGACCUGGACGCCAUCGGGGUGCUGGCGCCCGCGCACCGCCGCCGCAUCCUGGAGGCCGUGCGCCGGCUGCGCGAGCAGGACGCCGCCGCCGCCGGCCUCUAUUUCACGCUGGAGCCGCAGCCGCCGCCAGCGCCACCCGGGCCGUCCCCGCUCGCCGUCCCCACCCGCCACCUGGGGGAGUUGUGCGGCGGCCCGAGCCAGGGCCCCCGCGGGGACCCCCGCGGCCAGACGACCGCCCCUCGCGGCAGGGAGCUGGUGAGCUACCCGAAACUGAAGCUGAAGAUCAUGAUCCGGGAUAAGCUCGUCCGCGACGGCAUCCACCUGAGCAAGCCCCCGUACUCCCGAAAGAUUUCCUUCAUAUAUUUCAACUAAAACAACAUAUUAUCACAGUUCAAGUGUGGAAGAUGUCCCAAUGGCUGGCAUCCUAGAGUUCUUAAUGAAUUGGCCGAAGUCAUCACAGAACCGCUAGAUAUCAUUUUUGAAAACUCGUGGAGGACUGAUAAGGUGCCUGAAGACUGGAAAAGGGCAUAUUUAGAACCUUCUUUCAAAAAGGGAAAUGGAUGAUGACCCUGGAAAUACUCAUCAGCCUAACUUUUUGCUUGGAAAAAUUCUGGAAUUAUCAACUUAGUACACUGGGUAACACAUUCAUAAUAGCUAGACAAAAGGCAGUGAAAUAUCACACAUAAAGAAGUACUGAAUUCAUUUUUUAAAAAACAUACCAUUGUUAGAAACAGUCUUCUGCGUGUUUGAGGGUUCUGCCCUCCAUACUAUACAUUCUUGAUGAAAACAAAUGAAACUGGCUA